AUGCGCUGUUGAUAGAAUCCAAAACCCCUUAAAUUCCCCAAAUUUGUCUUUGUUUUUGCAGGGAUUGUUUCGAAAAACAGCCACGUUGUGAACCAUAUCUCCACUACAAACCUAACUUUAUUUUACCAUCUCAAAACCCAAAGCUAUAGCUUUGUCGUUGACAAUGGUAAAGCUCCAGGACACUAGUUUAGUCUCUUCAUUACUAAAUUAUAAUACACAAUAAAUAUUCAAAAGUCUCUCUCUCUGCAUUAGCUUUUUAAGUUAAGGAACUUGUAAAGAAUCCAUGUCAAAUACAGGGAGAAGAGGAGAAAUGCUGGCAGCUUGGAUUUCUUUGAAGGAGAAUGUCAACUGUGUAUGCAGGCUCACCGAUGUCGUUGGAAAACCAGAAAAAGCUUGUGGGAACUCAAGAAACCAGAGCUUGGAGAAACAGCUUGUUCAUCAACUCAGAAACCCUUUUCGAGAAGCACUCUUUAGGCCAAUCUAUCCUAAAACACAGAUUUAUGAACUCAACAUUGGUGACCCAUCAAGGAACAUCAUCGAGUUGAUCUUUCAAAGAGCAUCAAUGGAUCCUUCAAAGCCAUCAUGGAAGGUGAAAAAGGUUCUAAAAGUGAAGAACUCCAUAGAAGUUCUCAAAAGGUUUGAGGAUUACAGAGAAAAAGUCAUAAUAAAAUCCAACCAACAACGCAGGAGACAUCCAAGGAGCACCAUAGAUGGGAACGAGCUGUUACUUUUCUACGGCACUACGACGGCCUGCUGCAGGAAGCCGAGACCGGUGUCUGAGCUUUGCAGAGACCCGAGCUGUCGAGUGUGCCGGAUUAUUCAUUCCAGAUUCGACAUGGAAUUCACUAGGAAAAAUGGGGUUAGAUUGAGCACUAGCAGUGAAGAAGUGAGUGAUAAUAUGGUAUCUUUCAAGUUGAAGAACUUGAGAAGGGCUGUAAUAGUUUGCAGGGUAAUUGCAGGGAGUAUAGCAAAUACCACCGGUGGGGCGUAUGGAGAUUUUGAUUCCAUUGGGCGUGAAGGGCCUCAAUCCAACUUAGAGUAUUUGAUUGUACAAAAUCCCUGUGCUAUACUUCCUUGUUUUGUCAUAGUUUUUAAUUAAUAUGUUUACGUUUAGCCUAAUCCA